AUGAAUACACGAUGUAGUCAGUUGCCCGAACAACUGGAGCCAGCGCUCGGAAACCAGUCCGAUCGCCCAGGUUUUCUUGUUGAAUUCAUGGGUUGCCUGGACUGUUGGCUCACCAAAGACAAUACAAGCUUUUCAACCGUCCUACUGAAGCAGACAACUGUCGUUACAUAUACAACCACACACCCGGCGGUCAUCACUCGAUGCAGUUCGGCAACUCUGGGCAAACUGCCUCCGAACAACUGGACAGACUACUAUUGGCAAGCAAAACCAACUUGUCAAACGGAGAACAGAACACGCCCGGUGGAAGCACUAUGA